CAUCUCUUAUCUCUCUUAUUUUGCCUCUGUACCAGUUAUUAUAUACAAUUUAUCCGAUAACAACCUCCGAUUAGAUCUCUGAUCUAGGUUCUUGAAUCGUCAAUUGUUUUAAUUUGUUAGGAAUCGUUAAUUUUGAAUAUAGAAUUUGUGUUAAAAACCUAAAAUCAAUCAAUAUGAAAAAUCAUGAUAAAUCACAAUCAUCUGGUGAUCGAGAUGCCGAUGAUCAGCAGAAAUCACCGGAAGAUUCAUCAUCGUUGUCUCGUGGUCAGGCUUCUACGGAUGCGGUUUCCGGAGAUUCGUCGACAAGGAGGAACGGAAAUAGAAUCGGACUUGCGGAACGUUUGACCGAUUUGUUUGUUGGUGAUGGAGAUAACGAUGACGAAUUGUUGAUACAACGGAGCGUUCAAGGGACGGUUAUACAGUGGCUACAUGCGCUUGAUAUGCAGGUGAUGGGAGCCUGUCGUGCUGAUGAGAGGUUGAAGCCCUUGCUAAAGCUUAACGUGUGUAGCGGCGUGACUGAGGAUCGAUUGCUGUCGCAUCUGAGCCAGCACUUUGAGCCAUCAGAAGUUGGUUUGCUUGCAAGGUGCUUGUGUGUUCCGCUCGUGUCCAUUCGUGUUGGCAAGAUCGACAAGCAAGGGACUCUUCUAAUUCCAAACAGUACAAGGGGAAACUUAAGUCUCUCACUGUUGCCAACAUCCGACCUGUGCAUAUCCUUUCUUGGAGAUGAUGGUGACGUGGAGCGUCUUUCAACCUUAAGAAAUAUCUCUGAUUGCUCAUCUGUCUUGAUUGAGGGAAUAUCUGCAGAUAGUUCAGGGCGAUCUUUUAUGAUCAGGGUUCCUAGUGGUGAUCCUUUUUACUUCUGGUGCUCAGAGAAGUCCAGACUUGUUGGUUAUGAGUUGCUUGAGAAGAUGAGGAAUCUGCUUGAGAAGAAGCCUUCCCUUGCUGAUUUAACUGGAAUUAGUGAUUCUCGGCUUAAAUGUUUUGUAACUCAUCUUCGAACUUAUCUUGUUGGGGCAAAUACUCAAGUCAGUAAUAAUACUGCACAUGUGUCGAUAACCCCUUGUUCCGGUUCCUCCACAACCUCUUUAGCUCUAAGUGAAGCUGUUACUAGUUCACAAUCGGCAUCAUCAAAGUCUUCACGUGGUAGGAGCAAUACUAGUGUACUCCAAGGUAGCCUGAGUCCUAGGCCAAGCUCUUUCAAAGAAGCCCCACCAAGAAACUUGGCUUCUUUGAAAAAUGUUGUGAAAGAGAAAUUGAGGCGAAAGGUGGAGGCUGGCAAUGGCAGUGUUGAAAAUUCCGAAAGCCUUUCUGCAAAUACAUCAUCAUCAUCUCCUUCAAAUCAGUCUGUUAAAGAUAAGUUUCCUGAGAUCCACCUGUUCCCACUGGUAAGUGGGUUAGAGGUUGGUCUGACCGAGAAAACAGUAGACACAGUGCCCCUGUCCCUGAACCCAAUUCCUUCCAUCUCCAUGAGCAUGAUGACACCAUCUCUGUAUUCUCCAUAUUAUUGUUGGUGUCCACCUGGACCUUCCACUCUCCAGUACACAGUGGCACCCACACAGAUGACGCCCAUGUCAAUGGCAAUGGCGGACUCCUUUACCCUACCUCCCCUUUCUUCACUUCUUGCAGGCUCGUCAUCAUCGGACCUUUUAGCAGCAGCACCUAAACCAAGUCCUCUUAAUCUGGAUGAAAUCCCACCUUUCCUACCUGAAUCAACUUCUCAACAGUUCCCAACUUUCACUCCCUUAAUGACCGAUUCUAUAGUGCACAUCCCUGUAAUUGACAUUUGCUCUUCGGGACAAGCCUACCUGGUGAGUGCUGGUCCUGGUAUUCCACCCCUCCACCACCACCACCACCUCCCGUUGAUCCAACAAACUGAUUCCAUGGCAGAGAAGAGCGCAAGGGAUACACUACGGCUUCUCAUCAGUGGAUCAAGUCAGCUGCCCUCUGUUCUAGCCACUGUUGGUGGGAACCAAUUCCAAAACGGAAGCCGAGGUCUGUAUGGGGGAGCUACAGACGUGAACCAUGCCAUUGCAAACAGCAUCGCGGCUAUGGGCAUGGUUUCACUGAGUGACAGGAGGAGGUUCAUUCACCAAGGUGAUCUGGUUGAUCUCCUAGGGGAAGACUCAGGUGGUGGAAUUUCAACUCGUCCCAAUGAUGACGACCAAUCAAGCUUCUCAGAUUCUGGGACAGGGAAAACCCUGUAAUAUGAAAAUAUGGCACUGUAGAUCCUUGUUUUUGUUGUUAAAUUCCAAGAUAAAACAACAAGUGUAGAUAUAUAUAUAUCUUUUUUUUUAGUUGUUUUUUGGGGUGCAAAUGAUUGUGUAACUAAGACUGGAAAGCAUAUGGCUAUACUAUGUGUUUUACUAUCUA